AUGCCUCCCCUGAUCCCAUACCAUGUCUCUGCCGGGAGCAAUCCUGUUGUCAAGUUCGGAGGUGCCCUUGUUACCGAAUUCCUGGAACCCCCGCCGGGUCGGUGCUUCUGCUUCCGUCAAAAGUACGCCCUGAAGCCUCCCAUGGACGAAGGGGACCCGGACUAUGAGCGUAUCAAUGCGGCACUUAAUCACCCUUCCGGCCCUCCCGUCCAUUUCCACCCCUUUCAAAACGAGUAUUUCCGAGUCGAACAAGGACGCAUGUGCCUCGAAGUCAAUGGUCAGACUCGCAUCCUAACGCCCGAUGAUGGGGAGGUCCAGGGCCGAGCCGGGUCAAUCCACCGGUUCUACGUCGCCCCCGACAGCACCGAAGACAUGGUGAUUAUCCUCAGUGCCUCAGAUCCCGGUCUUGACUAUCAACUCGAUCGAGUGUUCUUCGAGAAUUGGUAUGGCUUGUGGCAUGAUUACCUGGUGCACGAGGGCAAGAUGGAUUUCAUCCAAUUACUUUGCACAUAUGAUGCAGGGGAUGCAUAUCUCCUACCCCCAGCUUGGUUACCGAAUUGGUUGCGGAAGAAGAUCGGGUACUGGGGCGGAAUCAUUGUGGGGCGUUGGAUUGGGGGUCUACUGGGCUACCGACCGUUCUUCAAGGAGUAUACCACGGACUGGGAGUACGCCGUGAAGAAGAUGGAGUCUUCUUUCUUCACACGGCGGCUGGUGGGGCACUCGUUCUCCUCGGCCAUGGGUUGGGCGCAGCUGGAGGACUGUGCGCGUGCGUGGGGGGAUGGAGGGGGCACAGAUCGAUUCGUCAAACCUCACAACAAACUACUGGACUAG